AUGGAACCAGAAAACCAAACACAUGUUUUGGAAUUUAUUCUUCUGGGGCUCUCAGGAGAAGCAGACCUGCAGCCCCUCCUCUUCGGGCUCUUCCUGUCCAUGUACCUGGUCACCUUCACUGGGAACCUGCUUAUCAUCCUGGCCAUCAUCACAGACUCCCACCUCCACACACCCAUGUACUUCUUUCUGUCCAACCUCUCUUUUGCAGACAUCUGUUUCACUUCCACCACUGUCCCUAAGAUGCUUGGGAAUAUUCAGAUACAGAACAAAGUUAUUACUUACCAAAGCUGCAUCGCUCAGAUGUAUUUUUUCAUGGUUUUUGGAGACUUGGACAGUUUUCUCUUAACAGCGAUGGCCUAUGACCGGUUUGUGGCCAUCUGCCAUCCCCUACGCUACACAGUCAUCAUGAGCCCCAAGGUGUGUGGCUUCCUACUUCUGGUAUCCUGGAUACUGAGUGUUCUGGACUCUCUAUUACACUCCUUGCUGGUUUUGCAGCUGUCUUUUUGCACAGACCUGGAAAUUCCCCACUUUUUUUGUGAACUUAAUCAGGUAAUCCAACUGGCUUGUUCUGACACUUUCCUCAAUGACUUAUUGAUGUGUUGUGCAUCAGGACUUUUAGGUGUUAUUCCACUCACUGGGAUCCUUUUCUCUUACACUAAGAUAGUUUCCUCUAUUUUGAGAAUUUCAUCAGCUGAGGGAAAGUAUAAAGCCUUUUCCAAGUGUGGAUCUCAUCUCUCAGUGGUUUCCUUGUUCUAUGGUACAGUUCUUGGAGCUUACCUCAGUCCUUCCGCUUCCCAAAACUCUAGGGCCAGUGCAAUAGCAUCAGUGAUGUACACUGUGGUCACACCCAUGCUGAACCCCUUUAUCUACAGUCUCAGAAACAAGGACAUAAAACAGGCCCUAAAAAAACUUUUCAAGAAGAUACUGAUCCUUAAAGAAGGAUAUCACACUCAGAAGCCGGAGGGACAGAGCCAAAGAGGAAGACCCGGAUAA